GUCUGGCGUUGUCGGUGAAUCGGUCUCUUUCGCAUUCUCGCGGACAAGCUUCGAGCGUUUUGUAUCGUUUUGAGAAGAACCUGGUGCAGGACGCUCCAACGUGACAAGAGGUGUGGUGUUGCCUUGUGCGUGGUGUACGGUGGUAAUUCGUAGCAGUGUAUCAUCGACGUACAGUCCACCGUGGAAAAUUCAAAAAGGGAUUCGCGGUGGUGUUGGCCGACUGUUUACACGUACCCAUCGACGACUGGAAAGACGGUGGAUCGAAGAAAAACUGUGCUCUGUCCCUGAAGAAGAGGACGCGUGAUCGUUGAUCGAGCGAUGCGAUCCAGUCUAAGCAAUCGUCGCGUCGUGUCGGGGUCGCGCGAUUCCAUCGACGGCAGCUCCGUUCUCAGACAGUAAACAAAAGUGACAGCGUGCGCGGAUGCCGAAGUUCGAUUCAUGCCUACCGUCUCGUCCGUGGCUGUCGGCAGUGUUUGACGUGUUGUAUCGCGCGAGCAGCUCCGAAUUCUCUUCACGUGGUUCAAGGUCUUCUAAAAUCAUCCUAACGCCACGGUGCCAACGAGGACCCCAGAAGGCCAAAGCGUUCGAGGACAGAGAUGUGCCAAGUUUCGCCGUUGCGGAUAUUCCAUGUGAUUGUCGCUGUCGACCGGUUGCCGCACUGCGUCCCUUGCUAGGAUGACCAUGCCCUAGUCCGACUGUGAUUUCCGGAGUGUGAUUCCACUGCCAAACGCGACCGUAGAUACCUCCAUCUAUGUAAAUGUGAUCCUGAGAUGCCGAGCUACCGCCCCUCGAAGGACGUAGCUCGUCGCGUUGGAAGUCUUCCCUAUCGAGGAUCGUUCGUCUAGGUCCCCCGAGGAAGUGGCCAACGAUCCGUGUGAUGCGGGACUCAGCGGCGACGUUGUUCCGUCCCUGUGCAAGCUGCUCAAUCUUCGCGUAAUAGCGGUGAAAAUGUUUGGUAAGGUGCCGCCGUCGAAUACGCCGGGACCACCCAGUAGCUCGUCGAAAUCCUGCGCCAGGCCGACGGGGACGACGUGUCUGCCGUGUUUCACGGCGGAGGAGACGCCAGCCCCCCAGGCAGACGAGAAGUCGAAGCCCUGGAGAUCGAAGGACAGCUAUGUCCCCGUGGUCUCCGAAGCUCCCUCUACGGUCGUAGAGGACUCGAAGCCGAAGCUGUGGAGGUCGAAGGAGAGCUGUAACUCUUCCAUCAUACUCGACACGCCGUCCAUCAUCGAGGACAAGUCGAAAGCCAAGAGACUCAAGGAAGCGUCGAGCCCUCUCGCUGAAUCCUCCGCGGAGGACAAGUCGAAGACUUGGAGAUCAAAGGAGAAUUGUAGCACCGCCGCGGCCACCGAGACGUCUUCCCUCGUCGAAGACAAAUCGAAGGUCAGGAGAAGCAAGGAAACGUGCACGCCCACCGAGUGUCCCACGAUCAGCGAUAAGAAGCCACGCAGGUCGAAGGAGAGCAACUCGCUGGUUACCGAGCCACCUUCCGCUGACGACAAGUCCAAGUGGCGGGUCAAAGACUCGAGCAACGGGGGAGCAGAGUUCUGUACCGGGUCUCAGCCGUCGGGCUCAACGUCCAAUUAUUCCCAGGCGUCCGUUGCGUUCGCCGAGGUGAGCAGACCCUGCAGGACCGAGGCUACCAGUUCCUCGGCUGGGAAGAACGGUUCCAAGUACUCCAAAGAGACGUCCAGCCACGCGAGAAGCCACACAGGACUGGCGGCGAGAAACUCUUCCGCCAUCCACAAAUGCUCCUCCAACCCCAACUGCCCAAGCUUCGCCAAAUCGCAACGAGUACUUUGUUCUACUAGUCUGAGCAGCUUGAACGUCGACCCUGGCUCGAAGGAGCCCUCGAAGCUGGCGAAGAAGCACGUUCCCCUCAAUCGAGAGUUCCUCGGGAAAGAACAUUUACCAGGGAAGUCUCAGAGAAACGUCGCGCAGACGGUCGUUCCCUCGUCGAUGAAGUCUUCGACGAGGUCCUCCGACGCUGGUCAUCAACCCAAGCCUCGACAAACGGAAUCCAUCGACGAACCGGACUCCAUCGUCGUCGAUUUCUCGACGAUUUCCGCGCUUCAAUCGAUAGGCGGUGAAUCCUCCUGUUCGAAAUCGACGAGCAAGUCGUACGGCGACAAGGACGUCGUGGAUUCAUUAGGCGUUCCAUCCUCGUCGGCGGGUAGCUGCGAGAGAAACUGCAGAGGGGACUUUCCCACCUCCACGCCGUCGAAGGACUGGACGAAAAGCAACAGUGACGCGUUGCAGCAGAGCUGCGCUUCCUGUUUACCGCAAGACCUACCUACCGAGCUCCAGUCUUCGCCGAGGAGCUACAAGGAUCGAGAGAAGUGCCGUGAUCCAUGGCGACCGACCGAGAUGGAAAGCAAUAUCUGCAACCUGAACGUGUGUCCUACCGAUACCUAUCAGGAUACCGGCUCGAAAAGGAGGACAGGCGCUUCCUGCCAGGCGUUGAGGCAUGCGGUCGCCUCGUUGAAUCGGCUGGAUGACUUCUACAUGGAGAAGAUCGGGGCUGGAUUCUUUUCGGAGGUCUUCAAGGUUACUCACAAAGUGACGAGUCAGGUGAUGGUCCUGAAGAUGAACCAGCUGCCGGCGAACAGACCGAACAUGCUGAAGGAGGUGCAGCUGAUGAACAAGCUCAGCCAUCCGAACAUACUCAGGUUCAUGGGAGUCUGCGUGCACGAAGGUCAGCUCCACGCCCUAACGGAGUACAUAAACGGCGGCAGCCUGGAGCAGCUGAUCAUGUCGAGGCACACGCCGCUUCCUCACCUGAUCAGGAUGAACCUAGCGCGGGAUGUGGCGCGUGGCAUGGCCUACCUUCAUAGCCGCGGUCUCUUUCAUCGCGAUCUGACGUCGAAGAACGUUCUUAUCAAGAAGGACGAGAUCACGUCGGAGAUGAUGGCCGUGGUAGGCGACUUUGGGCUGGCGGCGAAGAUCCCGGAUCCCAGCUCGGGGUACAGGCUCAGCACCGUUGGCAGCCCCUACUGGAUGUCGCCAGAAUGCUUGAAGGGUCAGUGGUACGAUCACAGGUCGGACGUUUUUUCGUUCGGGAUCGUGGUUUGCGAGCUGAUCGGCCGCGUGCCCGCCGAUCCGGACGUUCUGCCACGGUCAGAUAACUUUGGCCUCGAUUACCUGGCCGUGGCAGAGAUCUGCGCCGCGGCCGAUCCACCGCCAGCCUUCUUGCAACUCGCCUUCUACUGCUGCACGUACGAGCCAAAGUCCAGACCAACCUUCCCGGAGAUCAUGUCCACUAUGGACGGGAUGAUCGCCAAUUACGAGGACGACUCUAAGAGCAGUAUCGGGAAACGUCAGUCGGUGGAUCCAGCCCUGAUGUCCAGCAUGGACGAGAUCACGCGCGAGGGACGAUCCAUGAAGCGCAAGACCUCUCGGCUGAGGAGUCAGUCGGCGGACGCGAGAGGCUGCGACAACGCGACGCCUUCCGAUAAGGCGAGAUGUCACUCCGCGAGAAGAGUCGCGGAGCUCGCCAGCAGAAGGGACCCGCAUUACAGGCCCAUGACGGCGAAUCCAUUUCACGCGCUCGGUGGCGUCAAGAAGAUCCUCGGCGACUUGUUUUCCAGCUGCCUGGAGCUGCCGUCUCUGGAGGAUGUCAGGCCGAGCGUCACCGAUGCCAUCGCCAAGUUCAAGCCCGCGCAGAACGACAGUAUCGCGAAGAUCUUGGACAGGAAGAAGCCGAACUCGGAGCCCAGCAGCCCGACCGCCAGAAAGAAGUGGGAGAGAAAGGUGGCUACGAAGGUGGGGGCGGCGAGUCUGUUCACCCAUCCGCUGUUCCGGGACGGUUGGGAGCCAAGGAGACGGGGCAGCUGCGAGUCAGGGUUUUGGAGCUGCGUAGGGGAGGAUCUCAGUCCUGAGCCCCCCAACCGCAGGCACACUUCGACUCUCAGCAGUUCCGCUGCUAGCAGUCUGUUCCUAUUGGACGAUCACAGGACCAGCUCCAUAUAUACCGACUCGUCCGAGGACAUAGCGAGCCUAGGUGGCGGUGACUCCUGCUGGGAGGAUAGGUUAAGCGGCUUCGGGUCUUCCAGUAAAACCAUUUCCAAAAUCGUCGAGUACUUCGAGAGGAAGCAAGCUGGCAGCUUGAGACUUGCCGAUCACGAUGCCGGUUCCAGCAGGCUGACUCUGUUGAAGGCGAGCUUGGAAGGUCCGGUUCCUCUUUGCAGUAUCUCAGCCGCGCAGAGGUUGGUCGUUUGCGAGGGUGCUGUGCGCAGCAAGCUGCCUCUUUUCGACAAGAAGUGAUACGCCUUGCUCGCGAAUCGCAGAGUUCGUCCCUUAGGGUUUCUCGGCUUUCUGCCGGUAUUCGUGAUCCACGCUGAUACGCCUACGCGGAGAAACUCUUCGACGUAUAGUCGAUGGAACAAAUAUAGCAAUCUCGCUAAAGCUGCUGGCUGCCAAAACGGUAGCGCCUUCGACUGCAGAGUGCCAAGAAUUCAAGGUCGGCCUGGAGGAAUCUUUCUCGAACGCUAGAACUUCUCGAGACAGGGAUUCGGAUAAUAAACUGAGUCAUUCUCGGUAACUGGUAAUUUGGAUGCGAAUCAACGCGAGAUUUUCAAAUUUCGGUUGGGUAUAUUUUUACAACCAGGAUAUUACGGGACUCUUAGAGAUGAAUAUGAACGCUGUAUAAAACAAACCUUUUCGAGAAAUAACAAUUCGUUGCGACCGCAAAAGCGGAGCGCAUCAAACAGUUCACAGUAUGCCAAAUCGUCUGAAAAUUGCCUACUAAAAUGCUAAUUACGUCUAGUAUCCACCGCGCAAGUACAAAUAUUAUUGCGACUGUUAAUAGUUUAUUUAAAUUUCCGUUUCCGUUGCAUCGAACUGUUAUUUUUCAUAAAAGAAUUUAUCUAUAAGAAUCCUGCGACAAACCGAAAAGGAUAACAGUCUGCAGUCAUCGAUCGAAAGACUAGAAAUACUUCCGUGACUCAUGGCGAGUCACCGCAAAAGGUUUACGUCGGUAUCGAGAAUCUUGAAAGCAGCUGCAGUCCCGGAAGUUCUCUAAAGUUCUACGAGGACGCAUCGAGCAGACUUGCCGCGCGAAACGGCCGAACACAAACGGAAUCGAGGCGCGACUAUACUUUCAUCGAACUUCACCACUGAGCAGACCUCGAAGUAGACUCGGAACUGACCACUUUGUCCGCCAUCGAACGAAACUAAUUCGGCUCGAGUUCGGUGAAACUAUAGUCCGGACACGAAUUUAGCAGGCGCUUCACUCUAAAAUCUAGUAACCCGACUGUGAUGUUUCUUGAUAAUCUACAUACAUUAUUGAUCCGUACGACUACGUUCGAUGAAGCUGUCGACUCUAAUUCGCCGUUUCGCGUGCAACCUUUGAAAAAACAAUUGUCGGUACUCGAUGGAACGGAUACUGAUCGAAUGGAACAAGAUGAAAGAACGCGUCGAUGUAAGAGAAAUGGAACGUUCCGCGAGUUCGUUCCGAGUACUUGAGAUUCUUCCAAGGCCAACGUAUUUCCCUAAGAUGUACAAUGUUUUCGAGAGAACAGUUCCGAGUUCCAAGGGAUCGAAGAAAGCAAUAGACGUUUCGUUUCGUGACUGCGGCAAUCGUAAUGCCAGUAGAAACGCUGCUCAUGUUCUUACCUUUCGCGCAGUGCCUCGCAGUUCCUAGUUAGCCACCUCCGUCCUUUAUCCACGUUAACCGACUUUUUACCGACCGCUAUGACGACGAUAGAAGUAGAGACGCGAAUUUACCCAGUUGUAAACAACGGCUACGUUCGUGAACGGUUUAAGAACGUUGCGUACCUCCAUCGAAUUCGUUUCACCCUUGGUUCAACGUUGUACAUCGCUACUUUCGGCGCCAAAUAUUGGAGUUAACAUUGGUGGAUGCGUUGCUCGCGCGAGAGAGACGCGGAUGUCGACUCGGACACCUGAGAACAAGCACGAUGUACAGGAGAAAACGGCAGAAGUAAACCGGAAGUGUGAAAUAAUAUUUUUUUACGAAAACAUUUUAUUCCGUGCUUUGGACUGGCGAGGGAGUUCGAGCUGUUCCCUUUCUACCGCAACUUUCUUUUUCCAGGACGAUCAGCUACUUUGCAUCUUCUUUUGUAUAGUAACGUCGUGCUUGUUCGCGAGACACGAGAGUUCAUCAGGGCCUAGACGAUCGUUUUUAUUACAUUUCUGAUCGAGCCGAAUGAUACACUUCCCCCAGCUGGCGACGCCUCGACGCGAAGGUCGGGCGUCGCGAGCCUCUUAGAAUAGUACUCGAGACGAGAGAAGGAGACAUAGUAUAUUUUGUUGACAGAGAUGACACCCGCGUGUCCUGAAUAUUUUUGUUGACGUGUAAAAAAAAUCGGGACGAUGAUGGUCCACUUCGAGAGAGGGUGAAAAAGGGAGAGAGAGCAAAUGAAACUGAUCUAGUCAGUGUAUUAUCGUGGCGGCCUUAUCUUUUGUACGUCGUAGCGCUAAUAACUUAAGUGUUCCACGGAAAGCGAACGAAGCGUGAGUGAGCGAGAGAGGACCGCUGUGGUCGUUGAUUGGGACACGUUAUCGGAGAUGACAAAAUGAAACUCGGAAUGUACAUGGUGAUUUGUGAGUGCGAAAGCGGUGUGCAUGUUUAGAAGAACGAAGAACGAGUCGUGUCCUUCGAUUGGUUCCUCGAGAUCGUGCCUCUUCCGACGCAGGUUUUCACGUGCAUAGAAGGGUGAAAUCGAUGCGACACGCACAGGACGUAUUGCUUUUUAGUUACGCCUGUGUUACGCGAGUACAGUAUUCGUUAAAUGGCCCCUGGCAAUUCGUCUUCCUGAUCUCGUGUUUUCCGCGAUUCUGUUCGUUUCAACGAGGGAUAUUAACCCUCUACUUCGCAAUGCACCCAGAUGAUUCAACGAGGAGGUUCAACGAGACCAUUUCACUUAAAUGUUUCCUUUCUGCACGAUUCAAUUUUAUUUAUUUAAUCUGACAUACGCACUGAUAUGGAGGGAAGUGUUUUUUUUUUUUACGCUAAUUUAUGGUAUAAAUAAACAAGAUUCUUUUAACAGA